ACCGCUAAACCAUUACUCAUUAAUUCCCCCUAAUAUAAAUGUCUACGGGGCACCUACAUCAUAUAACAUACCUACACCUAACCUAGGGCUUGCCUUUUACAUACAUGUAUAUCUAUGUCUGUUAAGUCUUGACGACUAGAUAGGUAUGGACAUACUUUAUAUCUCUACCUAAUAUUAUCAACAAUUAUCAAUUAAUAAAUCAAAAUGGUUCCAAGGAUUAUCCUCGUCGCGUCCCUGGUGACGGUCGCAAGGUCAUCUCAGCCUGGAGCUCCCGCGCCGGUCGCUGCUCCGAUGAGAAAUCUCGAAUGGGGACAAAUCAAUUUCAUACACACCACAGAUAUACACGGCUGGCUUGGUGGUCAUCUACAAGAACCGCAGUACUCGGCCGACUGGGGUGACUAUAUUUCAUUUACGACUCAUAUGAAAAAGAAGGCAGAUGAAAAAGGUGUAGAUUUACUAGUCAUCGAUACCGGUGACAGGAUCGAAGGAAAUGGCUUAUACGACGCUUCCAAUCCGAAAGGCAAAUAUUCCUACGAUAUCUUCGCCGAGCAAACCGUCGACGUUCUCUGCACUGGAAAUCACGAACUAUACCAAGAAGACUCGGUCGCGCGAGAACACAACAUAACCGUUCCCAGAUUCAAGCACUCCUACAUCGCCUCCAAUCUCGACUACAUUGAACCCGAGACUGGCAACCAGAUUCCCCAGGCCCAGCGCUACAUAAAGUUCACCACCAAGAAUCUCGGUUAUAAUGUCGUCGCGUUGGGAUUCUUGUUCAACUUCGAUCGCAACGCGAAUAACAGUGUCGUGCAGCCCGUCGAAGAGGCCAUGAAGGAGGAAUGGUUCCAAAAGGCCAUAAGAGAAAAGCCCGAUCUAUUCCUCGUCGUCGGCCAUGUGGGUCUUCGUAUGAAGGAGUUCGAACAGAUCUUUAAGGUUAUCAGAGAUGAGAACUGGUACACUCCUAUCGCAUUCCUUGGUGGUCACGCACAUGUACGGGAUACGAGGAAGUUCGAUGACAAGGCAUACGCCAUCGCUAGCGGUCGGUAUUUCGAGACCAUCGGUUUCUUGUCUAUCGACGGUAUCACGAAGAAGAGUAGGAGCGAACCUUCUACCGAAGCAACAGUCACGUUUAAGAGGCGCUAUAUCGACAACAACCUCUUCGGCCUGCAAUACCAUACCGGCCUAAACAAAACUACCUUCCCCACUGAACACGGUCGCAAUGUCUCAAGACUCAUCGCUGAAGGUCGUAAAGCUCUUAACCUCGAUGACUCGUUCGGCUGCGCCCCGCAAGACCUCUGGAUGAGUCGCGCCCCAUACCCCAGCGAUUCUAGCAUAUUCAGCUGGCUUGAGACGCAAGUCCUUCCCGACUCUAUUGUUAACAAGGAGAGGAAGGACGUCCCGCGCCUAGCUAUUGUCAACACGGGUGCUAUCCGCUUUGAUAUCUUUAAGGGCGCGUUUACUAAGGACUCGACCUACCUCAUCUCCCCUUUCAUUAGCAAAUUCAAUUACAUUCCCGACGUGCCCUACGCCGUCGCCAGCAAGGUUCUCGAGCUACUUAACAAUGCCGGCCCCGUAUUCAGCGGUGCUCUCGACGCGCAGUACUUGACGAUCCCUGAGCAGGCGGUCCCGCGUGGCCCGUUCUUUGAAGCCGCGUCUGCGGAGAUUGACAACGAAGGUAGACGGCCAUUUUUCAUGGAAGACUCACCGCAGAAGCCGCUAUCACUUUCGGGUGAGAGAAGUUCGUCUAAGCAGGACGAGAGCAAGGGCAAAGAAGACCCUGAGCUCGUAGGCGGAUACACCACGCGCGACGACCUCGGCGACGACGGCGACGAUGCCGUACACUCUCCUAUCAAAUUUUAUGCGGUGCCUAACUGCAUCCAAUCCAAGAUCGCCUUCCCCAGCAACGGCAACGAUACCGCAGCUGCCCCGGACCCGGAGACGGUAGACCUGGUCUUCAUCGACUACGUCCAGCCGUGGGUCAUCACCGCGCUUAAGUUCAGCGGCGGCGACUACGGCACCGCGGACGUGAAGGUGUACACGAAUAACACCCUGACGGACGUUAUUGCCGGGUGGGUUAAGGAGCAUUGGAAGAAGGACUGCUAAGAUCGGGAGAAUAUGUGUAUGACUGACUGAGUGAGAAUGAGCGUGGAAGGAUUAGGUACCUACCUGGACUAUAACUCAGGUAUGGACAUUUGCUUUUGAUUUGCAACGGUACGAUACGAUACGAUACGAUACUACGGGACGGCUUUCAAUUUGGCUUUUGGGAUUUCAGACUGCGCAUUUUUCGUAUUUAUUUUAUGCUCGACAUGGCACGGCUUCGGUUGCGGUGUCGGUUUCUGGCUUUUGGAUAGGUACCUUAGGUACCUACAGUGUACUUCGCUACAAAUAUAGCUACGACUUGUUAAAAGGAUAUGAAUAACAGGUACCCGCAAUAGAAUACGCGCUCGAUUAUUCAAGAAUUACCAUAGUAAUAGAGAAAUACCGAGAUAUUUGGUAGAAG